AUGGAUACUGGAGAUUUAAACUUACCCGCUUAUAAAUACCAACUUGAACAAGUCGAAUUAGCAUUAAAAGCAAAACCAGAUGAUCCCGAGUUACUCAAACUCAAGCAAGAUCUUGAAGAAGUCAUUCAAAUAACAGCUGAAUUACUUGGCUGUGAUCCAUCGAUUUUGGAUUCCGAUGAAGCAGCUGCAUCUUCGUCUGCCAAUUAUAGUGAAGCAGCAUCGUCAAGUUACGCAUCAGCAGCACAAUCUAGCAAUGCCGCUUCUUCAUCAUCAACUCGUACAGCUAUUAAGUGGAAAACAGGUGAUCGAUGUUUAGCACCGUGGAAUGAAGAUGGAAAGUAUUAUGAAUGUACAAUUGACGAUGUACUUGAUGAUGGGACAUGCACAAUUGUCUUCGAUGGAUUUGAAUCAGCACCAUUAACGGUUGUUCGAGUUUCAAAAUUAAAACCAUUCGAUCGAACACGGCCAGAUUCUAGUGGAUUUCGAUCUGCUGCUAAUCGAGCUAAAACAAAACGUGAAUUAGAACAACGUUUACGCGAACUCAAACGUAAGAAGAAAGAUAAGAAACUAGCAAAAUUAAAAGAAGCCAAUGAAGAAAGUGAAAAAGAUAAAAAGCGAUGGACUGAUUUCAACACAAAACUUACUAGCCGAACAUGGAAAGGUGUCGUUUCAAAAUCAAUGGUCAAAACGGAUAAACGAGCUGAGCAAUUGCGUGGUACAACUAACGGUUAUUUAGUUUCUAGUUAUAAACCAGCUCAACCACGACCAUAG